UCUGAUUGCUCACGAGUCACGAAUCACGGCACUCCCAUGCAUCGAUCUUUGGAAUUGAGUGCUCGAACGAUGGCGUUGGUUUUGGUUCUUAUUAUGUCUUAUCAUCUUAUAGGUAUGUCGCAAGCGCAGCUUCAAGUUGGCUUCUACUCCCAGACAUGCCCAGAAGCUGAAUCAAUUGUCCGCUCCGUUGUUCAAGAUGCCAUUCACGUUAAUCCCCGGAAUGCAUCAAUUUUGCUUAGGCUCCAUUUCCAUGACUGUUUUGUUGAGGGCUGUGAUGGGUCAAUUCUGAUCGACAAUGGCGCUAACGCUGAAAGAAAUGCACCUGGUCACGUAGGCCUUGAGGGUUUUGAAGUGAUAGCGAAAGCCAAAGAAAACUUAGAAAGAGUUUGCAAAGGUGUGGUUUCUUGCGCAGAUAUCGUGGCUUUGGCCGCCAGAGAUGCGGUAUCCUCGCUAAAGGUGCCAUUUUAUGAGGUGCCAACCGGCCGGAGAGACGGUAGGAUUUCAAAUAUGUCUCUUGCCGCCAACAUGCCUGAGGCUGAUGACUCAAUUCAGCUUCUGAAAUCUAAGUUCACGCAGAAGGGACUUUCACAUGAAGAUCUUGUCCUUCUCGGUUCUGGUGCGCAUACCAUCGGAACUACUGCAUGUUUCUUUCUACAGAACCGACUGUACAAUUUCAGCAAAAACAGUAGCUCCGACCCAGCCAUCAACCCUCGAUUUCUACGAAAACUAAAAGCCAUGUGUCCACCUGGAAACUUAAAUGACCGGAUACCUCUUGAUCCUGUCACUAAAUCCGAGUUUGAUGAUCAAAUUCUCCGGAACAUCAGGGACGGGUUUGCGGUCAUAGCGUCUGAUGCAAGGCUCAAUGACGACAAUAGUACCAAGAAAGUCAUCGAGUCCUACAUUAACCACGCAAGUGUUAGAUCUCGACAAUCUUUCAAGGCAGACUUUGCUGAAGCAAUGGUGAAAAUGGGUAAUAUUGGGGUGAAAACAGGAUCAAAUGGAGAGAUUAGGCGAGUUUGCAGCACUGUUAAUUAAGUUUUAAUCUCUCCUUUUUAUCCUGUCUUGACGCCAAUAUUUCCCAUUAGUUUUUCACCUUGGCUCUACCAAAAUCUGACUUAAAUUGAAUGAUCGAUGUUCUUAAUUACUAGCUAGUAUAUAAAAUGAUGUUCUGUAUGGCUGUUAAAAUGGAUAAUAGUAAUUAAGGUGGCUUGUAUGCUUAAACAUGAAAAGCCAAGCACAGGCCAUUUGUUGUAUAAUGAAAAGCCCAGUAUAUAUAUUAUUCUAAUUCUCAGCAUUACCUAUAUCAUGAUUGUUUUUUUAUAAAAUAGUACUCUUUAUGA